UAUCCACCCAUGUCUGGGGAAUGUGUGCCAAGCAUCUGAAGUGCCCGUCAUGGACAGGGGGCAGCACGAAGGUGGGUCGUUUCAUGGAAUGGAUAUCAAUACUUAAGUUUCCUACCUCCCUCGCACAGUUUCGUUAUUUUCGUAUCCCCUCCAUCCGCUUACACCCACCUUUCCCCUCUAACAGAACAGUAUUGUCACUUCCUAUCGAUGGAUACUCAAGACAAGAUGGAGCAACAAACCUCUCCUCCGCAUCCGCAAAGCUCGGACAACUCGUCCAGCUCCUUGGACAAGCAGGUUCAGCCUACCAAUACCCAGCAUCUUGAAGCCAUCCGCACCGUGUCGAGAAUUCCAGGAAACGAUCACUAUUACGAGAAAGAUGGAUUGAGGACGUAUGGAGAUAAUGAGGACCAUGAGCACGAGCCAGCAAUGACCUUCAAUCGCUUUAUGUCCUUGACGGCAAUGGCUUUCUUGUGGACUGGCUCCCAGAUUCCUGUUUACCUCUUCGGUGAGAUCACCAGCCCUGUCAGAUGAUCCCUCCGGCUGACAAGAGCAGGCGGUAUUCCCCCAUAUAUCUACGCAGACAUUGGAGGAACUGAUCGAUGGGUAUGGUUUGUACUUGCAAAUUUACU